UUCCUCUGUUGCUACCCAGACCAGAGACGCCAGACCAGAGAAAACAUAUCAGCUAUCGACAGAUAUAGAUAGACAGAUAGAUACAUACAUACAUACAUACAUAGAUACAUAGAUAGACAGACAAAUAGACAUAGACAGAUGAAAGAACUACAUGAAAGUGUCACUAUACAUUAGACAUUGCUGGGUAUCACUCUUGAAAUUUCCGUUUCUGCAGCCAUAGGCCUACAAAAAGGAAUCCCAUUCUAAAACAUUUGCUUGAGCUGUGUUUCUCUGUGUAAGUGGCUAUCAUGCUUGGAGAAGCUUUCCUUCAUGUUCUGAACUGCACAGAAGACACCACAGAUCAUGAUGGACACGUUCGCACACACUUACCCACCCCCACGGUCCGUCCUGACCCCUGCACGACAAACGCCACUGCCAGAUCACCACUGACACCACGAACUGUGAGAGUUGGCAUGCCUGAAGGCCUGGAAAAGCCAGGACAGUGCCGAGCUUCUGCACCCAGCAAUGCUAUGCCCAUUCUCAGCUGUAGCGGGGAGGAUCACUUGGGCAUGAAUCUGUAUUGCUCCUGGUGCUGUCCCAGCUUCUGCAAGAACUAUCCGGACCUCCGGCUUGCAGGUGAUCGGCUUGAGCACUGCAGUCCUCAUAACCCAGACCUGCUCAACCCACUGGAUGACGGGCCACUGCUGCAAUCUCAGGACCUGAGCUCUCUGGAACCCUCUCUGGAACCAGGUCAACAGGCAGAGGCUGCGACCCAGCAGGAUGAGGAGUAUCUUGUCAUGGAGAGCGUUCAGGGGCUUGGCUGGGAGAAAAGGCUCACUAACUCCAUGUUGAACGGCUAUCUGGAAGUCCAAAUGCUGGAGGUGUUUUGUCAGCACAUGCAAAACAUGGCAUGCUACGGAUCAUCAUUGCUGGGCACUGACGUUAUGCCGGCACUGGUGCCCACCAUCCUGACUGUAGCCAAAGAACAGACACUCAGUCAUGUAGAAGAGCUGGAUUCUUCAUCCAAAAACGUUGUGCAAUAUUUAAGCACUUGUUCAGCUCCAGCAACCUCCCAUUUCAGCUCACCUGUGCUGCGUAUCUCAGAAGCUGAGUAACCAACCUCAUCAACACACACAGCUCCUGCCCUCAUAACCUUUUUUUUUUUGGGCAGGAGACAGGAGUCUUUUGACCAAUACACAAAUAUUUAAAGUUAUCUGUGUUUUUUAGAAUUUUUUGUAUGCAAUACUGAUUGCAUUUGUGGCAUGUUGAAAAAAAAAAACACUUUUAAAGCAAAAAAAUUAAUUUCAGUAAAUAAUUCCAAAAAGUACAAAAGGCAAGGCAAUGAACAUUAACAUACACAAUGUUUCAAAGUAUAGCCAUAUGAUUAAAAUAAAUAUAUGUGUUAGCAUGA